UUGGUUUUCCCAUCCACCACUAGGGACUAGGGUUUUAAUCCUCUCUUCACACUUCUCAGCAUUAUCUCACAUUCCUGCGGCUGCGGCAAUGGAAGACGUUAGGACUAGCACCGCCUGGGUCGCCGCUCACUCUUCUCACGUCACCGUCGAUUCCGCAGGCAUUGAGAAAGUCGCGGAGACAAUGAAGAAUGAAAUACCCAAAGUCGAGUGGAACUUUGAAGGCAUUCACUAUUUCGACGAUGGGCCGCUUACUGUCCAGUAUCUUCUCGUUUUGGAUGCAUUGAAUUUCUGUUUCUGGCCAGACAAGGAUUUAAGCUAUGAUCAUCUGGCAUCUGGACUAAAGGAAGCUCUUGAAAAUGACAAAUCAGCAUUUGAUGCGGAGCGUUUGCAGAAGUAUACUGGUCCUCAACUGCGGAAAAUGUUGAAAUGGACCAAGCCACUACCAUUGGAAGAUGAACGAGUCCGAUUAUUGCAUGAGGUUGGGCUAGAGCUUGAGAGAAGUUUUGAUGGAAAGGCAUCCAAACUUGUGGAAUCAUGCGGAAAAUCAGCCACGAGACUUGUGGAAAUAAUCACAAGCCACUUUCCUGGCUUCCGUGAUCACACUGUCUACAAGGGCCGCCAAACUUUCUUGUAUAAACGAGCCCAAAUAUUUGUUGCAGAUUUAUGGGGUGCUUUUAAAGGUCAAGGAUACGGAGAGUUUAGUGACAUUAGCUCAGUAACUAUUUUUGCUGAUUAUAUUGUUCCAGCUGUGCUUCGUAAACUUGGAGUGCUCAAAUAUAGUUCAUCUCUGGCCAAUAUAAUCGAGACCAACAGUGAAAUUGGUUCAGGCAGUGAGGAAGAGGUAGAAUUGAGAGCAUGCUCAGUAUAUGCAGUGGAGAAAAUGAGGGAAUUAAUAAGCAAGAAGUCUGGGAAUCAGGUACUGAGUGUGGAACUGGAUCUGUGGUUAUGGGCUUUUGGCAUUCAGUGCACAUCUCUUCAACACCACCGGACACUUUCCAUAUAUUAUUAAGUGGACUGCGUAGCUCAGAUCUUAUAGUACUAUAGUAGUUUUUAUUUUAUUUGUAAUGACCAAAGAUUUGACAUUUAAAAACUUUCAGAUGUUACCAUAUAAUCAAUGCAGGUAGUGUUAUAUCAAACUUGUACUCCUUUUUUGUAAUUCUAUGAUGCUCAUUUCUUAAAGUAUUCUAAAA